UCUUGUUUUGUUUAGGUAAGUACAUGUAUUGUUAAAAAGAGAACCUUUGAACUUCCUUGGUGAGACUGUCAGACACUUUAUUUAUAAUACCCGUGAGGUUGUGUGUUCAAAACCAGCUCUUGCAGGUUCUGCUGUUGCGUCAAGGGAGUUUGUCAUGUACCUGAAAUAGGAUGGUGGUGUUCACUUUGGGCACUCUGCCUAUAAAACUAACCACUGAGAGAAAAAUUCUUGAGUAUUAAAACACAGGUCAGUCAAAUAAAUUAAAGGGACAUCAUGUUGUAUGCAUGUUGUAGCCGGAUGCACCAAGAGGAUGUCAUGAAGUCAGAGUGACUUGUAGAUGUAUAAUAGUGAUAGAAGUUACUUCCUUCCUUGCAGAGCUCUACAUGUCGAUGAAAUAAGUGUUUCUUGUUGUCCUGGUACAUCCAUACAAAUACUGUAUUUCUCUUCUUCAGGCUGUACUACACUGUCAUUGACUGACUGCUUGAGGGUCAUCACUGGAUUGCUCGUCCAGCGACUGGUUUAGAAAGAGGGACUGGUUACAUGAUGUAGUUCUGGAUGGCUAAACCAGCAACUGGUUUGGAGAGAGAGUUUGGCUACAUGAUGAUACAGGAGCAGAACCAGCAUGGAGCCCUGCCACCUGGGCUUGCCCCCAGACCCAAACCACAGCAUGAUGCCCCUAAACCUUACAGGCCAGCUCCUGGGAAAGGUGUCUCAUACAGGUCGGUGAAUUACCAUGUACAGCAGGAGGAUGACUUCCCCCCACCACCCCCUCCCCAAGGCCAGAUGGGGUAUGGAGACGAUCCAGCCUUCCCCCCACCCCCUCCCCUGGACCAGGGCCGCGCCUACCACUAUGCUGAUGAGGACUACCCUCCUCCCCCACCUCCAGGGCAAUAUGACUCCUACCCCUCACACGGCCAGCCUGUGUCAGUCCGCACAACCGGCACAGGCUACUCGGCCCAGACGAGCUACGGUAACCCAGCCAACUCCUAUAACAACCAGCCAGACUAUCCGCGGGCAGCGCCUGGAGGAGACUAUCGCAACAAAGACCAGACUCAUACCAAGGUCCUGUAUGGCUCAUCGCCUACGUCCAACCCAUCCCCUGCCCACUCCCACUCUGUCAGCUCCUCUUACGCAGACGUCAGUGGACUGCCCAGCCAUGGCGGGUCUGGAUACGCCCCUGCACCUAAACCCUCACCCCCUCAGCCGGCCUUUACCCGCCCAAGCACCUCUGGACAAGUCAGCUCCGGCAUGCAGUACCAUGCCGCAGGGCCCACCAAGCUGAGCGAGGCAUCAAACUCUGCGGGGAAAGAGGCAGAGGUGGAUGCACUCACUAACCUACUUCUACAGAACAUGGAGUCUGCCGGAGAUCCUGACUUUUUUGGAAUGUGUGCCAAGUGUGGCAAACAGGUGAUUGGGGAGAAUAAUGGGUGUACAGCCAUGGACCAGGUGUACCACAUCACAUGCUUCAUCUGUGUCAACUGUACAAAAAUGUUGAGAGGCCUUCCAUUCUACUCCAUGGAGAACAAGCCCUAUUGUGAAGAGUGCUAUCUGAACACUCUAGAGAAAUGUUCGGUGUGUUCCAAGAUCAUCACAGACAGGUUACUGAGGGCCACAGGAAAACCAUACCACCCGGCCUGUUUCACAUGUGUUGUUUGUGGGAAAAGCUUAGAUGGAAUACCAUUCACUGUGGAUGCCACCAAUCAGAUACAUUGUAUAGAAGAUUUUCACAAGAAAUUUGCACCUCGGUGCUGUGUGUGUCACCACCCCAUUAUGCCAGAACCUGGGAACGAGGAGACUGUGAGGGUGGUAGCCAUGGACAGGAGCUUCCAUGUCAACUGUUACAGAUGUGAGGACUGUGGAAUGCUACUGUCCUCAGAGGCUGAAGGAAGAGGUUGUUACCCACUGGAUGACCACAUUCUGUGUAAAAACUGUAAUGCUAAGAGGAUUCAGGCAAUGACCACAAAGAUGACCACAGAACUAUGAGGGGUGACCUCAGAAGUGACCUCAUGUCCACCGGCUGGGCACAGCAAUGUCGAUGGACAUUUACAGUUCUUGUAGCAGUGAAUUAUGUGGAGGGUUGGGCAAUGAGUGAUGAGUACCUUUUAAAAAUGAAGAGGUUUGAAAACAGUGGUCUGCCCCAUCACAAGAGUUGAUAUAGCGACAUCUUCUCACAUUUGGUACAGUCACCUCAAAACAAAAUUGACUGGUGCUGAUAAAAAAGCCAAAAUGAUUGACAGUUUCAACAAGUUGAUUGGCUGAUUGAUUUUAUUUGAUUCACAGUUGCAUCAUCAAGUUGAUAGGCUUAUGUGUUGUUUGAUAAGUAGUUAUAUCAACAAGUUGAUUGGCGGAUGCGGUGUAUGGUUGACAGUUACGUCAUCAAGUCGGUGAGCUUACCAUCUGUCUGAAUGUAAGUCUUGACAUAGUUGUGAUAUACAUCAUUCUCUAGCAGUGGAUGUUGAUCACCCAAUGCUGGACUUCCCAACUGUUAAGUACCAGCUACCUGAGUACUGGUCACUGAGCUACAUGACUUGAAACUGAAUUGAUUUGGACAAGAAAUGAAGUCUUAUGACUCCUUCAUCAGAAGGUCCUUGUGUGACAAUAGUAUUCAGGAAGUCACGAUCAUGACAAUUUGAAUUUGUAGUUACAUUUUUCUCUCAGAUGAAAGCUACUUGGCAGUAUGUACAUGUAUAUACAUAGAUACUCCAAUUCUUCAACCUUUUCAAUCGCCUUAGCAACCAAUACAUUUUCAGAAAACUGUGGGGUGUGGAGAAAUAAUUUGCACAGUUUUAUGAAGCUUGCAUCUUUAAUAACACAAACAAAUCAAUUCUGAUGUCAUGUUCAUAAUAAUUGUAUGCAUAAAUUCCACUGAAAAAAGUGCUUUAGUGGUUGAAAAAGUUGAAGAUUUACAACACAUGUUGUAAUGAAGUCCUUAGUCACUGAUGAUGUACUUGGCAGUUUGUGUAAAAAUAUCCAUGGACAUGUAUGUAGUAUAUCAAAAAACUGAGGAUGUCAGUCAUGAAGCUUAUGUGACAGUUUAUAGCCUUUUGGAGGUUUGUAUGCAAAUUAUGUCUUUUUCUUAUAUACUCAACUGUAUACCAGAGAUGACUAACACUGAGGUAGAUUUUUAGACUAAUUUUGAAGACAGCGUAAAGGCUCAGCCCAAAAAAUCACUAAAUGUUAUUAGCAGUAUUGGCUUGAAAAAGGUGAUGUUUGUCUCUGUGGAUUUACCUGUAGAUAGCUUGUGAGAAGCAGUGACUUCCAGAGAACUAUUUGUGCAGUCACUUUUUUGCAUGUAUUUGUGUAUGUUUACACCAGACAGACUGGUAUUAUUUCUAGAUAUAAAGUGGGUACACAUAAUGCACUUUGUGGGCUUCCAUAGAUGUGUAUUGUUGGACGAAACUUUAUCAUAGUCUUAGCAAGCAGAGGAUAAAGUAUGACUGUUACUUAUCAAAAUGCUUUAUUGGUUACAUAUAAAUUCAUAUGACAUGGCAAAUACAUGGACUCGUGUCUUUAUCAGUUACAUGUAAUUUCAUAUGACAUGACAAAUCCAUGGACUGGUUUCUUUAUCAGUUACAUGUAAGUUCAUAUGGCAUGGCAAAUCCAUGGACUGGUGUCUUUAUCAGUUACAUGUAAUUUCAUAUGACAUGACAAAUCCAUGGACUGGUUUCUUUACCAGUUACAUGUAAGUUCAUAUGACCUGGCAAAUUCAUGGACUGGUGUCUUUAUCAGUUACAUGUAAGUUCCUGUGACAUGACAAAUCCAUGGACUAGCGUCUUUAUCAUUUACAUGUAAGUUCAUAUGACAUGGCAAAUCCAUGAACUGGUGUCUUUAUCAGUUACACUUAAGUUCAUAUGACAUGUCAAAUGCAUGGACUGGUGUCUUCAUCAGUUACAUUUGAGCUCAUAUGACAUGGCAAAUCCAUGGACUGGUGUCUUUAUCAGUUACAUUUAAGUUCUUAUGACAUGGCAAAUUCAUGGACUGGUGUCUUUAUCAGUUACAUGUAAGUUCAUAUGACAUGGCAAAUGCAUGGACUGGUGUUUUUAUCAGUUACAUGUAAUUUCAUGUGACAUGGCAAAUGCAUGGACUGCAGUAAGUUAAUUUUGUACAAUAUUUCUUAUACAGGUAUCAUUAACCAAGAGGAGGGUUCAGAUACUAAUUGAAUCUCUUUGGGUUAUGACUAAAAUUCUUUGACAUGGCCUUCUGUGUGUCCAAAUCACUGAAUACAAUCCAGUUGAUUUGAAUUGCCACAUGAACAUUGCUUUUUGCUUGCCCAUUUUCUGACGAGGUCAAUAAAUUUCUUCCUAAAAUUGUUAAAAAUUAUUUGAUCUUUGCACUUGGAAGUAAUGUCAGGGUGUUAUUCAACUCGUUGAUUCAAUGGCAUAUUAUCAGAAUAUGUGUCUGCAAUAUAGAGUACAUAUACAUGUAUAUAUAAAGGCUAGAUAUGGCUGAUGUUUGAUAUAUUGAAUGUGCCCAUCCAUAGGCGAUAAGUUAACAAAGGGUGUGUUUUUGCUGUUUUACUCCACGGAUACAACAUUUGGAUCGUCAAUACUUUGUAACUACUGCUGUGGACGUGGCUCUGCGACAUAACUGUUGUGUGCUGGAUAUGGCUCUGCGACAUAACUGUUGUGUGCUGGAUAUGGCUGUGAGACAUAACUGUUGUGUGCUGGAUAUGGCUCUGAGACAUAACUGUUGUGCUGGGUGUGGCUCUGUGUCAUAACUGUUGUGCUGGGUGUGGCUGUGAGACAUAACUGUUGUGUGUUGGAUAUGUCUCUGAGACAUAACUGUUGUGCAGGGUGUGGCUGUGAGACAUAACUGUUGUGUGCUGGAUAUGGUUCUGAGACAUAACUGUUGUGCUGGGUGUGGCUCUGAGACAUAACUGUUGUGCUCCGUGUGGCUCUGAGACUUAACUGUUGUGCUCAGUAUGGCUCUGAGACAUAACUGUUGUGGUCAGCAUGGCUAUGAGACAUGGGUUUAACAGAGCAUUGGAUUAAUUACCAAACAGUCUUAUACAAUUAUGUACAUGUAGUUAAGAAAUGAAGCUAAAAUUAGAAAUGAUGCUAGAAUAUUUAUCCUGACUUACAUGGUGUAAUCACGAGUGAUGUUGAUCAGCUUUAGACUUUAGGUACAGAAAUAACACAGAUAUGGUGUGUGGUGCAGUUUUGUAACAUUAUACAGUAUUCAUGAAUGUUCAGUUAAAAUGGCAUGUGAAAAUGUAAUUGUUUUGAGAACUGUCUAGUUUGAACAAUGGGGCACACCAGUUCGUACAAAGGGAAGCAAAUCUUGCAACUGAUAAAACAGCAGAGCCCUCUACCUACUUAAAUAACAAUACCACUGAUUUCAAUACCAACACCAGAAAUGAUGAAUAAUAAAAGCUGACAGUGUUAUUUAGAUAGAUAGAGGGCACUGCUGUUUUAUCAGUUCCAAGAUUUGUUUCCCUUUGUAGAAGGCUGGUGAACCCCAUUUUGAGACUGACUAAUUUAUUGCAGAAAUAUCCAUGCACAAGGGUGGAUGCUAGGCUUGGGCAUAUAUAGCAGUCUAAUAAAUUCAUGUACAUCUCGUACAUAUUUUGUGUGCACUAGCAACAAAUAUUUUAAGUGUUUCCAUUGAAUAUUUGAACAGUGCUGGUUGUCUCCCAUUGAGCGCAUAAUACAAACCCUUACGAAACCUAAUGGUGUUAAGCUUUAUGUAACCACCUGUUGUUGUUGUUUGUUAAUCUCAAGUUGUUACCUGUCUGGUUGUGAUGCAUUUGUGAUCUGUGGUAAACAGUAUUUUACAGUCAUAGAGGACAUUUUAGCUCAAAAAGAUAACAACGAAUGCUCUGAAUACUCUCACAAGUAAAUAAGGCGAAUACAGCCGGUACAACAUAUCCUCAGCUGAAAAUGACACUGUUGGGUAAAUGCCUGGUGUUAGACAUGCAUUAAGUUCCACAAAGCCCAGGCAUUGGUAUGCUUUUAUACUUUUGUUGUAUUUAUAAUUUUCCUCCUUGGGUACAAGUAUUCAUGCUUUUUUUUUUAAAAUAAUUUUUGUUGGCAGUGAUUGUGUUUUCUUACUAAUUCAGAAGUUGUUUUAUGCUUCAGAAUGUGCUAUUUUUAUAGUAUUGAUUUAGGUACAUUGUUACAGUUUACAUACUUGUAUAUCGCCUAUGUGUACAUGAUCACUAGCCUACAAUACAGUCAGCUUACCAGGUUUGAGUUUACAUAUGGGUACUGGAAAUAUACUGUUCCCACUGCCACUGGCUGAUAAGCUACUUGGCAGUGAAAAUAUAUUUAAGUAUAAAGUUUGUGUGGAUCCACUUCUCUCAUUUUAAAAGUGUACAUAAACAAGUACAUGUAUUUGUUCCUUAUCAUUUUAUUUAUUGAGGAUUCCAGUAAUGCAGUUAUCCUAGAUUUGAAUGCUAGUCCUGUGUUAUUUACUAGGGUCCAAACUGUUCAGAAUAUCAAAGCUUGUAGUAGUAUUUAUAGAUAUACAUGUACCUGUUCACAUUCACCUCUUGGCUCUCUAUAUUUAUUUGUGGCAGUGUGUACAGUGUAACAGAUUUCUGACAUAAAAAUUACUAAUAUUUUCAUCGUAGAAGUUUUUUUAUUCCUUAGCACUAAAAUUUGAUUGCUUCAGGAGUAAAUUAAGUAAUGCAUCUAUGUGGUAUUGAUACAUGUGGAUUGUCAUGAAUGAAUGUUUGGCCAGGAUCUUCCUUAGACAUGAUAAAGUUUUUGCAGAACCUAGAUUUUGCAGUUUUUUGACCAGUCACUCUGGAAACAAGUUUUGUAAUGGGAAGCAAAGAUAAGUGUGUAUCUGGGCAGUAAUAACUGUAGGCCUCUAUGUUGACCUAAUUACAUUUAUAUGUACAUGUAUGUGAUCAGUUUUGUUAGGUAUUGUCUUGUCACAAAUAAACUUGUAUAGUGAUAUAUUUAUAA